AUGAUUCAAUUGCUAAGGUUUUGCGCGCUGCUAGUAGUUUUCCUCUUACUAGCCAAUAUAACACUUACUCUUCACCAAACAACAGGUGGAUUGAGGGAUUAUUUAGCUUCUUUACAAAAGGAAAGAGAUGCUGUGGCAUGCACCAAAACCAAGUUAGAGAAUACUAUUAACUUGUUAAACAGCACCUUCUUUACUAGUAAUUCUUCAUCAGCACCAUCUUUAAAGACCAUUAUUGAUUUGAGAAGCAAGCAAUUGUCCAAAGUUGCUUCAGCAAUAGCCUUAUUAGAUGCUGAAAUUCGUGUCAUUAAUUCCCAGUGUUCCACUUACAAUGGUUCUGAUUGUAAUGCAUGCCAAGAUGGUUUUACCAAUUAUCCUAACUGUGUCCCAGUAUGUUUUGGAUUGGCUGCUAAUAAUGCUUCGGUUUGCUCUGGACACGGUUCAUGUAUUGCUCCUAAUAAUUGCACUUGUACAAAACCAUAUAUUGGAGCCUCUUGUUCCUCCUUUUUCACAGCACCAAUGACUCCAUAUCUUGCCCAUGCUUACUAUUUCAAUAAUACCUUCGCUGAUAGUGUUGGUUCUCUCCACUUGGUUAACAAUCCAAAUCAAGGUGCUUCUUCAAAUCCAGUCUUUUCCAAUGAUUCACCAUUCCCAGGUGGUAAAUCAGUUUAUUUCGAUGGAAAGAAGAAUGGUCUCGCUUCUACUGUGAAUGUCAAUCUUACAGUUUCCAACAGCUUUUCAUUGUGGCUUAAGAGCCCUUAUGGAGGUGUUGCAAUGGCUUUCAGUACUAAUGGUAAUUACAUUUUCUUCAACGUUGCUUCUGCCAAAGGGUUUAGUUUUUAUGAUGACAAGUUUACUACACCUUUUGUAACUGAUGGAACCCUAUUUGCAACCGAUGUUUGGAGACAUUUAGUAUUUGUUUUUAGAACUGAUGGUACUGAUCUCUAUAUUGACGGAUCAUUAUACAAGACCAGUGCAACUUCAAUUGCCUCCAAGAAUUUGAGUGAUGGAAAGUUGACCAUUGGUGGACACAAUGCUGGAACUUAUUACUAUACUGGAUAUAUUGCUAAUGUAAUGAUUUUCACUAAGGCACUCACAGCACCUGAGGUCAGUUCCCUUACAGUUAACAAUUACUUUUAG